CCUUUUUCCUCGCUGCUACUUGUUCAGCCGGUGAAGAUGGCCUUCCAACAGGACGUGACCGGAUGGAACACGGCCAUCGCCGAGCAGGGACGCGCCAAACACUGGCACAGUGCCAUACAGGUGCUGGAGCAGGGAGAGGAAAACCGCGAGCAUCCCAAUGCUGUGACGCUGAAUGCGGUCAUGGGUGCUUGUGAUCGUGCUUCCCAGUGGCAGUACGCUCUAUCGUUUCUGCGUUGCUUUCACGGGCGAGGCUUGCAGCCAGAUGUUGUCACCUACAACACGGCCCUGAGCGCCUGUGCCAAAGGCAGCCGCUGGCAGCUGGCUCUCGCUUUGCACCGAUCUGGGCCCGGCUUCGCUGCAGCACCGGCCCUGCGGGCCUGCAGCCAAGGCCAGCAAUGGCAGCUGGGUCUGGAAUUCCUCAGGAGCCUCAGGGCCGAGGAUUUGGACCUCCGGGCCUUCACCGCAGGGAUGCAGGCCUGCUCGCUCGGGGGCUGCUGGCAAUUGGCGCUGCAGCUCCUCCAAGAGAUGGAAGGCCUCCGGCACUCUGCAGAUGCGAUUGCCAUCAGUGCUGCCAUGGGCGCCUGCGAGAAGGCUGGCCACUGGGCUCAGGCUCUGGCCCUCUUUCGAGGCCUUCGCGGCCGUAGGCUGGAACCUGAUGUCGUCAGCUUCAAUUCAGCGCUGAGCAGCUGCGCCAAAGGAGAGGCAUGGCAGACAGCCUUGCAGCUUCUGUGGGAGGCUUGUAGAGAAGUCCGUCCUGACGUCGUGACCUUCAACUCAGCCCUGUCAGCGACCUCCAGGGCCCAUCUCUGGGAGGAGGCGCUGCAGCUGCACGAGCUCCUCCAAACAGAGGUUUUGGCCAACAGUGUGGUCCGUCUUACGGUGAUCCAAGCCUGUGGGAUGCUGGAGCACUGGCAGAAGGCCGUUUCCUUCUUGCCGGAAGAUGGUCGUGACGAGCAGGAGAGCUGCAGCGCCGCAAAUGCGGCGCUCGCAGCCGUGGGCUCCUGGGCUGCGGCGUUGCACCUCGUCGCCUCCAUGACCAUCUCGAGGAUACCGGCCAGCUCGGUGACAUGUCGCAGCCUCGCCCGCUCCUGCGAGAGGACGGGGCACUGGCAGCAGGCGCUCGGCAUGGCUCAGCUCGACCGGAAUGUUUCUGCGGAGUCCUACAAGGCCCUCAUCGCAGCCUGCCAGGCUUCAGCUGCCACGACGGCAGGUGCGGCUUUGCUGCGCCAAAUGCACGGAAAAGUCACGGACCCUGGCUUCACUUGGCUGUGGACCCUGGCGAAGCUGCAGCUUCAGGAGGCUGAGCUCCGCGCCUGUGCCGUUCUGGCUGCCAUUCGGGCGCUCGAGGGAACUGUCUCUCCGGCGGAGUUCGCGAUGGUGUCCUGGUCGCUGGCCACACUCGGUGUUGCAAGCCCACAGUUUCGAGCCGCGUGCUCCCGACAAGCUUCCUCGCUGCAUCGCUUCACCACAGAGGAGCUUGGCCAUCUUGCCUUCGGCCUUGCAGCUUCCCCGGAUGCAGAGGUCUUCUUGCAGCUGCAACGAGAAGUUCGUGCACGUUUGAAGAUGGUGCGCUGGACUCAGGUUGCAGCACCUCUUCGGCGAAAAGCAUUAGAGGACGACCUCCUGAAUGUCCUUUGGUCCUGCAGUUUUGCCGGCGCCGUGGAUCCACCGCUGCGCAGAGCACUUGGCCGCUGCUUCCGGGCACUUGGCGCCAGCUUGGACAAGAGGUUUCGGAACAGCCCCGCUCCGCUGCACUCCAGCCAAGCUUUGACUGGGCCUUCCGUCCGGCUGGAGCUUUGUGACCGACUAGUCCUUUUUAAGCCAGUGGGUUGGGAAGUUUGCGACGGGAACGUCGGUCGGCAACUUCGACACUUCGUGAACUGGAAGGGCUCAUGGCCCAUUCUGCAGAGUGCACAGCAUGACUAUGGAUUCCUGCACCGGGUGGACGUUCCAUGCUCUGGGUUGAUUCUCUUUGCGAAGAGCUUUCGAGCAUACUACGACUUGCAGGUGCAGUUGAGAGCCGGAGAGAUUCGGCGUGACUACUGCGUCUUGUGCCACGGAUGGUUCGCACAAGGACAGCGCAGGGUGAAUGCCCUCGUGACAUGGCGAGGAGAUGGGCCAACUCGCUCCGGCAGUGUCGGAAAACAUGCACGCACAGAAUUCAAGGCGCUGGCUCACAUUCUCCUCCAAUUUGGCACUGCAACAUUGACGGUGGUGCGGAUUGCAACCGGCCGGCGUCAUCAAAUUCGCAGCCACUGUUCCUUUAUGGGACACGCAGUGGUUCGGGACGAGAAGUACACCGCUCUGCAAACACAGGAAUUGGAUUUCCAUUUCUGCGACUCUAUCUUUUUGCAUCGACAUUCCUUGUUUUUUCACGACCUUGGCAAUGGCGAGCACGAGGUGCUGGAUCAUUUGCCUUCCGACCUCAUCUCUGCGCUUGCUGGAGCAGCUGGGAAAGACCCAACCUCUACUGCUGCACUGAAUCGUGUAAUUCAUGGUGAUUUGAAGAAUUGGGAGCUGUCAGAGCCGAUCACCUGCAGAAUGCUACCUCGCAAGAGCAAAAGGAUCGCGCGUGAGAGCUUGAAUGCUCAGAAGCAGUGUCGAAAAACAAAGUUGCCUUAG